AUGACUGGAAUUCAGCAGAUAGGCAAGAACGGCUCCCUUCUGUUUCAGUUUCCGUGGAAUGGAUGCUUACAGUCUCUGCCUAGGUUGUCCUUGGUUUAUGCAUUAAUCAAAUUAAGCAAUAUGUUUGUUUUAGUUCACAUUAAAGUCGACAAGACCUUGUUAGCUCUACUGUACAUGUGGGCAGUCAAUCCACAUCCACAUGAGUUAUCUGAAAUCAUGUCACAGGAAAAUUUUGGGUUGGAACGUGGGAAGCUGCUCCAAAGCCAUUUGUCAUCAGGAAUUGCUGCUUCUCUUGAUGAUAUCACUGAUGGAGAAUCAUCAGCCCACCUUCGUGAAAGAGCGACUCACUUCUUCAUCACAUUCUCUCGCAUUCUUUCAAAGCGUUGGAAACAACUCUGGCGAUCACAGCUCAGCCUCUACUUUGAUGACAGAUAUUUUCCAGACACUUUCGCCUUUCGCGGAUUCUUCAAUUCCUUCAUCAUCAUGCGAGAUAACACCCUACCCAUCCUCUCGUUCCACCUUUAUUGUCGCCACCCCCCCCGCUUUGCCUGCAACAACCAUUUCUACAAGUUUGUUUAUGCCGCAAUUACAAGAGGUGUCCAACACCUAAUUAUCGAUGUCUGCCAGCCAGAUGAUUCUCGUCCAACCAGAUCAGCAUUGCCUUCUUUAGUUCUAAGUACAAAAGCCUUGUCAGUUCUCAAAUUGAAGGAGAUAACAUUGUACGAUGUUUCGUGCGUUGAUCUUCCGUUGCUCAAAGUCCUUCACUUGGAAUCUGUCAAAUUCACUUACUAUGAAUAUCUCCAAAAAUUACUAUCUGGCUGUCCCAUUCUACAGGAGUUGGAAGCAAAGGAUUUAAGUAUAUGGAUCAAUACUAUGAUAUCUCCUACCGGUAUUGCAAGUAUAUCCAGUUUGAUCAGAGCUAAUAUUUUCAGUUAUCUUAUUGAGUUUGAUUGGCUUCAUAAUGUGGAGCAUCUCCACAUACAAUUGAACAGGAAACCCCCUACUAUAACGGGCAUGUUUCACAAUUUAACCCACUUGGAGCUUAUUUUCAACUUUGACUAUCCAUCAUUUGGGAUUUUGAAAUGGAGUUGGCUCAUAAAACUACUUCAAAAUUCCCCCCAUCUUCGAACUCUUAUCAUUGAUGAGGUCAAUGUAGUACGCCGUUAUAAUGAAUGGGAGGACCCAGAAAUUGUUCUAGAAUGCCUUUUAUCUCAUCUUACAACAUGCUCACUUAGAAACUACAGCCUCAUGUAUUGUGAGUUUCGAUUUGCCAAAUAUAUAAUCCAGAAUUCAAGAGUACUAAGCACCAUGACAAUUCAGAGUGCCAAAUUCCUUGACACAAAUACAAAGCUCCAAAUGUUAAUGGAAUUAUCUUUGUGUCCAAGGAUUUCAGCCACAUGUAAACUUUUAUUUAUUUGA